AUGGGUUUCCGUGACCCCGGGUAUCCUAAUUUCCAUUGUUUUAUCGAAGAAUGCAAUUAUUUUGUAUUUUCACAAUUACUCGAUAUGGAAAAAGGAAACCCGCUAAGGUAUGGUGCCACCCUUCUCCCUCUUGUUUUUUCACCUUUUCUUCCCGCCAAUGUCUGCGUCUCCUAUUGUUUAGAAUACUAUUUCACCAUCCCAUGCACGCGCCUUUUUCUUUUUUUUACUAUUCACUCAUCAAAUUGUUUUUUUUUCAUUUUGGUUCCUUUUUAUAUUAGUUCAGAGCUAUUUUUCAUCAAAUCAAAAAGAAUAAAAAUAAAAAUCGGGGAAAAACUAGUACGGUUUUUAUUAAAUAAUUUAACGAAACGCAACAUGUUUCUCUGAAAAUGAAAUGCUUUUUCUCUAGAAAUUCAACAAAAAUAUUUUCUGGUUCUUUUUUUGCCUGUCAUUGAUAAUUGCCCACACCGACUGAAUAUUUUACAUAUUUAUAUUUAUGUAUUAAUAACAAAAUAAUGACAGCUAAAAAGUGAGUCUGGUUUUUUGUUGUAUAUUUUUCAAAAAAAAAGUGAGAUUCAGAAUCGGAAUUUAGCCUAGUGUAGCAUAUUCAAAUUUAUAUGGGCUGAUUACGCUUCGUUUAACGCCAAACCAAGUGAUUUCUCCUAGUUUUUUUUGUUUUUAUCUGAAAAAUCCGGAUAGAAUGAAUAUUUUCGUUUACAACAAAACAAUAACAAUAAUGAAAGAAUUAGUUAUGUUUACGACGUUUUGUUUAACAUAAUUUUAUAUUUAUAGGGUUCAUAUUGUAUUCAAAUUAUUUGCAUAAGUUUUGGUUUUUCCGUUGGCAUUGAAUCAUAGUUUUUUUUUUUUGAAAUAGUCUUGUGGAUUUUGAAAUGUGUUUUUAAUGUGGAAAAAUUUAUAUAAUUCGUUAUUUAUUGAUUUCGAAAAAUUAUUAUUCACGAAUUUUCGCAAAGAGAAUACUUUUGAACACCAAGUUCGAAAUAUUUUGUAAUCUGCAAAAGGUAAACAAUUUAGAAACAAGAUAUUGUUAAGAAGUUAAGCUAAAAAUAUUCUACAACCGUAGUUUUAGCUCUGUAACCUCACUCACAGGUUUGAAAAAUAUCGAAUUUUCUGCCGGGGUUUUCUUGUGAUUUCUAGUUAUUUUAUCUUCGUUUUCCCCAAAAUUCCUGAAAUUCUUGUAUUUUUCAGCUCUAUUCGAAAAAUGAAGAAAUUGAUAGGAAUGGAUCGAAAAACUGAUGGAGUCGGAGGAGGAACAACCAAAAGAAGUAGAAAGGUGAGAUUUUUUCGUCAAAACCGUAAAAAUUCUCAAAACCCAAUAGUGCGUGAAAAUAUGCUACAGGUUUAUUUUCUCUCAAAAAAAUUUACCUAAUGCGACGACAAAAAAUCGAUAAACUUUUCACAUCGAAAAUGCGAACUACUAUUUGGCGCGGCGCCAGAUGUUUCGUUUUUGUUUGAAUGCCAAAUUUUUGGCGGCGCGGGAGAGGAGAUAGUUUGUGUGAGAUUGAGAGAGCGCAGACAAUGUCUUGCGUUUUACUCACUCGCCAAUGAGUCUCUUCAUUUUAUUUUAUUCUUUUUUUUCUGUUGAACUAAUCAUUAUAUGAGGUGUUUUUUGUUAUCACCCAAAUAUUUAUUUUUUAUUAUCGAUUUAUUUGUUUUUGUUUGUUUGUUUGUUUUACCUUAAUUUGUAUACAAUUACUCAUGUUAAAUACCGUUUUUUUCUCAAUUUUACUUUUGUUUGCCGUAAGUAUUUAGUUUUUGAACACUUUCAUUUUUCGAGGUGAAUCUCUGACUAUUUUCUUUACUUCUUUCAAGUCGGUUUUCUAAAGUAUCUAAUAAAACGGAACUUCGGUUCCCAUUAAAUUAAAUGACGUUUAGUGAGAAUGGAAAAUUGGGGUUUUAGGUUUUUUUCUAGACGAGAAAUCAUCCUUGAAAAUUGAUGUUCUACUAUCUUCCGUUCGAAAAAUCCAAUUUUGUGCUCUUUGCGAAAAACAAAUAAAAUUUGAUUUAGCACCCAAAAAUGAAGGAUUUCCUGAAUCUGUCAGUUGUUUUUCUAGCUUCUUCUCACUAAAUCAUUUUUUUCGUAAAAUACGAAAUAUCGUUUCAAUUUUUCUCUUUCUCUCGAGUGAUUCACUGCCCGCCGGUCACUUUUUCUUCUUCGAAAUCACAACAAAAAACUCUGCUCAGCAGCAAACUGUGCAAUUCUCAUCUUUGUGUGUUUUAGUGUCUCGAGCCUGUUAACAGCUUAUUGUUAGCCAUAUCAUAUUCGUUCAUCCAUUAUUUUCGCUGUGCAAAUAUUGUCUGCUGAUUUUUGAUUUGUGUUGCACAGUGACCCGGAUAUCCCACAUGCUCUAUAAGUUGAUAAAAGUAAGUAGGUUUCAAACUUUCUCAAAUUCCCAUAUGAUUUUUGUUGGGAGUGUUUUUCUUGAACAGAUUGUUGUUUGUUCAAUUUCUCAACCUUUUCCUUUUUCCUAUCGAUUAUUCACAUUUAUGGCAAUCGUUUUUUCCUGUUCUUCUUCUCCUUUUUCAUCGUUGGUUUUUGGCGGGUGUCAGAUGACUGAGAUAGAAUAAGUGCCAACCAUUUUACCAGUUUUCGUCACUUGGUUUAGUUAGUGUUAUUGUUUACUGCUCUGUGGAUGGUAGACAAGAUUUUGUGGAAGUUGUUUUUGUCUAA